AUGAAUGACUUUUCAAAUAUAUCUUUAUAUUUAUUAAAGAAAAUAUUCAGUUAUAUAGAUAGUAAUUUUGAUAAAUUAUGUAUAAGUUUAAUUUGUAAAAGUUUCUACAUUGAAAGAGACUCUUACUUUAAUUUUCAUAAUGAUCAAACAUUACCAAACAAAGAGUAUAUUAAAGGUCUAAAUCUUAAUUCUUAUCAAAAGUUCAUUGAUAAUCCUAUAGAAUUGAGUAAUUUAACAGUGUCUUUAGUUGACUCUGAUAGGAAUGAUCCAUUUUCAAUAAAGAUAGAAAAUUUAUUAAGUGAUGACAGUGAGAUACCAAUGAAAUAUGGUAAAGUAAACUUUAACAAUUCAUACUUUCUAGAUCAACCAAUGCCAGUUUUGAGAAGAUCUCAUCAUAUAAAAGAAUUGUCAUUCGGUUACAGAUUCAAUCAGGUUGUUCUGAAAAAUGAUGUACUGCCACCAUAUUUGGAGAAAUUGUUUAUCACUGUCUACAAACCACUGGAAAGAAACUGCUUUCCUGAAAGUCUAGUUGAUCUCACUCUACAAUAUAAUCAUCCAUUGACCUACGGUGCUUUACCUCCAAACCUUUUGGAACUCGGACUGCGAAACUACGAACACGACAUUGAACCUGGCGUGCUACCGGAUUCUCUUAAAACUCUGUAUUUAAGUGCGAAAUUUGAUAAACCACUGAAAGUGGGUUCACUUCCACCCAAUCUAGAGUUCCUAUCUCUUGGAUACCAAUAUAACAAAGCGAUCGAAGAGGGUGUCAUCCCUCGAUCACUAAAGUCAUUGAAUAUCUCACAGGUCGAAAAUCUAACUGUUAAAUUUCCACCCGAUGGCAAUCUCCAAACGAUUCAUUGUCACCAUUCAUUUCUUCCUCAGGUUCCAGAGAGUGUCACUAAAAUCACCAUUGACUUUGGUGUCGCAAUAACUGGCAAGUUAACAUUACCAAAUAUUCGGUCAUUGACAAUCGACAAUAUGAUUGGCAACAUUCCACGUGGAUACAUUCCAUCGACCGUCACCAAACUCCAUAUGGGAAGAAAUUUCAAGCUGACUGCCCAAUCACUGCGUGAUGUUCUGCCACCCGGUCUCAAAAUUCUAAAGACUGGACAUGAUUACAAUCAUAUAAUAGAGCCUGGCGACUUACCGGAAUCGUUGGAAAGAUUGGAACUCGGCUAUUUCUUUAGUCAGCCACUAAAGGUCGGAUCGAUUCCAAAAAAUGUGAAACAUGUUUUAUUGGUCAACAUUACAAACGAAACGCUCUCACCCGGUGUGCUACCGGAUGGUUUGGAAACACUGGAAAUGCGUACUGUCCUUCUUAAAGGUAAUGUCUUUAUCGAGCCUGGCUGGAUUCCAAACUCGGUUCAAAAUUUGAUAAUGGGUGACACUGACAGUAUCAAGUACGAUGCACAAUCAUUACCAACCUCCCUUUACUACUUGAAAACGACCAUGGCCUCGAUGAUUCCAUUCGAACAACUACCGGAAUCCACUCAAAUCAUUGACAUUAGCGACACUUAUGAUGAAUAUCAACUUCGAAGAAUUUCAAGACAAAACUUCCUAUUCUAUGGAGAUAGCACUUCAGCUGGCUUUGUUACAUCUUCCUUCAUUGACCACAUGAAAAAAUGUGAUAAAGAAGAAUAUUAA